AUGAUACCAUCAUCAAUAUUCUCGCAUCGAAUAUUAUCAGCAAUAAAUUCACCACAUUAUCAAAGAGUUUCAUUAUUUGUUAGUAAUGUAUAUGCAAAAGCUAUAUCUGCACAUAAAACAGCAAUAUCGUCAUCAUCAUCAUCAUCUGAUCUAUGUGAUUUUACAUUUGGUAAUCCACGUGAUAUGGCAUUACCUGCGUUGAUAUCAUCAUAUCACAAAUAUGUAGAACCAUUAAAUCCUAAAUGGUAUGCUUAUUGUACUAUAACGAAUACUAAUAUACAACCUUCUCUAACAGGAAAUUUUGGUGGAAUUUAUACAUGUUUAUCUAUGUUGUUAAAUAAAGACGAUGAAGUCAUAGUUCCUAUUCCAUCAUGGUUUUGUUAUGAACCAAUGAUAAUAGCAUGUCAAGCUAUAUCUAUUGAAGUUAAUAUAAAUAUGAAUACCUAUGAUUUAAAUAUUGAUCAUAUAAAAAAUAAAAUAAAUAAUAAAACAAAAGUACUUAUCAUUAAUUCACCUCAUAAUCCAACAGGUAAAAUAUAUUCAUUAACUACAUUACAAUUAUUAUCAAAUAUAUUAUUGGAUGAAUAUCAUAAACGUCAACAAAAAUAUGGUUCUGAUGCUCAACCUAUAUGGUUAAUAUCUGAUGAAGCAUAUAAUCAUAUACUAUUUCAUAAUAAUGAAUUUAUUUCUCCUGCUACAGUAUAUCCAUAUACAUUUAUAUGUUAUACUUAUGCUAAAACAUUAUUAAAUCCGGGUACUCGAUUGGGAUAUGUCGCAUUAUCAAAUCAAAUGUCUUUAGAUUAUCGUUUAUUAUUUCGUAAAUAUUUACCUCGAACAUUAACAAUCAAUGGAUAUACCGUACCUGAUUGUGUAACACAAUAUAUGAUACAAGAUAUUGAAACACUAUCUAUUAGUAUUGAUGUACAACAUAUGGAAAAGAAAUUAAAUAUGAUAUUAGAUAUAUUAUUAUCAAUAGGCUAUAAAAUACCUGUAAAACCACAAGGAACAUUUUAUAUACUUGUUAAAUCACCUUUAGAAAAUGAUCAAACAUUUUGUGAACUAUUAUUGAAAUAUAAUAUUUUAUGUUUACCGGGUUCAGUAUGUGGUAUACCUGGAUAUUUUCGUGUAUGUUUGACUGCAAAUGAAGAUAUGAUUGAAAAAAGUCAAUAUGGAUUUAAAGAAGCAUAUCAACAAGCCAUCUCUUCUUCUAACACUGAUAACAAUAUUGAUUUUGUUAACAUUCAAAAUUACACAUAA